AUGAUACUGGAAGAGGACAGAACAAGAUAAAACACAAACUAAAUUGCAAAUCUGCAAUGCCUCGAAGGACCCAUGGGAGGAAUGAUUUUGGAUUACACACAAGAGCAACGCCUGGAUUUAGUACCUAUGUAUGCAACAGGUGUGGGCAUGGAAUACUGUUAGUGGAUUUUCCGAAAAUAUAAAUACAUAUGUUCUGCUUUUAACACGCAACGUAUCUCAACAGGACAUGGCAAUGGUAUGUGCGCAUAUUUAUCAGUAACUUGCAUACCGGGUUAUGCGCUGACCAACUUGCUGCGGAUCAGCGCAGAUAGCUUUGGGAUGUAAAUGGAUAAAGUCUUACGUAUGUAUCUAUUAUCGUUUGUCAAUUCAUGUUAUUCUAUAUUCCAUUCAAUGAGGCCUCCAAAUAUACACUAGAAUUAGUUGUAGCGAAUAUCGUUUGCAUAAUUGUACAGAACAGGAGCAGAACUCUCGCUGGCUGGCGUAGAGGCUGGACACCGUGUGCUUGCCCAUAACCAGCCACCUGCUUUUUUGGGAAAGAAGUCCGGCUAUGCUGCUGCAUACCAAUCCAUAUCAGCCCAAGCCUAAGCCUAAUCGUGCGAAAAAACCGUGGAUCAGUGGAAACAUUGUGGAGGAAAAAAUUAACACCAAUUGGCUGCUUGAGGGUUUGAUUACGCUUAUUUCUCAUGACAAUGCAGGAAAUAUGCAGAGUUUGCAUGACAAACUCCGGACCAUUCACAAAUAUUUUUGAUGAAAGACCCACGUUGGAAACUUGCAUUGCUGACAUGAUAACACAGUGCACCGGGUACGUGGUUAGGCGAGGCGAUUUACUACCAGAAAACAUAUGUCCGCCCUGCCUCGAGGAUGCAGUGAGUGCAUUCACCCUUAAGAAAACCUGUGAGCACAGUCAUAAACUCUAUUUCCCAGUGAUGGUGGAGGAUAUAGAAGAAUUUGCCGAUACUCUAGAAGAUGAGGAUUGGGAACCGUCAGAUAUUGAAAGUGAGCAGUCGAAACAUUUUGAAAACGAUGAAGAGAUGAAUCAAAAUGAUAGCAAUAACAUUGAUCAAUUUGUACGACCCUUCAAAUGCUCCGACUGCACAAAAUCCUUUCACCAAAAAGCCCAUCUUCAAUCACACACCCGUACGCACACAGGUGAUCGACCCUACCAAUGUUCCUACUGCUCGAUGUCGUUUGCACAGAAAUACAAUCUUGACAGACACACUCGUUCACACACUAAUGAUCUUUCAUACCAGUGCCCUCAUUGCUCAAAGUCCUUCAUACAAAAAUGCAAUCUUGAAAAACACACUCGUACUCACACAGGUGAUCGACCCUACCAGUGCUCCCACUGUUCGAAGUCAUUUCCACAAAAAUCCCAUCUCCAUGUACACAACUGUACGCACGCCAUGGAACUGCCGCAUAUGUGUCCUCACUGCUCUAAGUCAUUUUCCCGUUCCGAUAGUCUACGGAUUCAUAUCCUCCGGUUGCACACGGAUAAACGACCAUACAAAUGCUCUCACUGCUCGCAGUCAUUUCAACAAAAAUUUCAUCUCCGAGAACACAGCCGUAUUCACACUGGCGAACGGCCGCAUAGAUGCUCUUACUGCUCAAAGUCUUUUAAACAAAAAUCAAAGCUUGAUAGACACACUUUUACUCACACAGGGGAACGACCCUACCAAUGCACUCAGUGCUCGAAGUCAUUUCAGGAAAAGUCGAAUCUCCAGGUACACCUCCGUUCUCACACAGGGGAGCGUCCUUACAAGUGCAUCCACUGCUCAAAGACUUUUAGAUACAGAAACAGUAGCUACCAAAGACACAUACUAACUCACAAAAGCAACGACAACUGUGCCAUUCCGUCAUUCUUCGAGAUCACAUCCGUAAGAACGUUGAGAAUGGAAGAUCCUAUUGCUCCUACUGCUCCAACCCUGGACCGUAAUUAUUCGUCAAAACGAUGACGCCUAAUCCCAAUCGACUAUUUCCUUUGCCGUUUUGUGUUACUGUUUGUUGUUGCAGUGUAAGGACUGGCAAGUAGAUCGAUUUUAAAACUGACGUCGAAACGGCUAAGCAUGACUUCUAUGACUUAAAUAAAUUAUGUAUGUAUGUAGAUCAGAGGUCGGCUUAAAAUGUUAAUUCCAAUAAAAUAUUAUAAAAAACAAUCACAAAUUCCAAUUGUAAAAUAUUCAUUAUGUUCGAUUUUCUCACCUCUCAAGAGAUAAAUGAGCAGAACCAUACGUGCCAAAUAUCAGAAGUCUCCUUUUUAAAAAAGAAACUAAAUGUCAUAAUAAAGUUUUUAUUUUAUAAUUUAAAAUCUUAAUAAAUAGAUCCAAUUGAAUUUAUCCAAGUAAAUUUUAUAUAUCCCAUAUUC